AUGUUGCGCCAAGCCGUUGCCGCUCUCCCCAGAACUCUGCGCGCCGCUGCGCCGAGGGCCUCUGCUGCCAGCCAGCUCCUGGCGCGCCCACAGGCGUACGCCGUCGCCACGCCAGCUCUCCGAUCCUUCCUCCCUGCCACAUCGAGAUGGUACAGCGACGCCAAGGAGGCGAAAUCCGAAGAAAAUUCCGAGACCAAGGAGGAGGAGAAGGGAGCGUCCGACGAGGUCUCGGAGCUCAAGAAAAGCCUCGAGGCAAAGGACGCUGAGGCACGCGACUGGAAGGACAAGUGCAUGCGCACCGUCGCCGACUUUCGCAACCUCCAGGACCGCACCCAGCGCGAGGUCAAGACGGCCCGCGACUUUGCCAUUCAAAAGUUCGCCAAGGACCUCGUCGACAGCGUCGACAACCUCGACCGCGCGCUGGCCAACGUCCCCGCCGACAAGAUCAACGCGUCCGAGAAGAAUGACGACCUCAAGGAGCUCGUCAACCUGUACGAGGGCCUCAAGAUGACCGAGCGCAUCCUCAUCCAGACGCUGGCCAAGCAUGGUCUCGAGCGCCUCGAGCCCGAGGGCGAAAAGUUCAACCCCAACGAGCACGAGGCCACCUUUAUGACGCCGCAGCCCGAAAAGGAGAACAACACCGUCUUCUUUGUCCAGCAAAAGGGCUUCAAGCUCAACGGCCGCGUCCUCCGCGCCGCCAAGGUCGGCGUCGUCAAGAACGCCUAA